UAACAGCGCGAAUGUACUCUAUAACUAUAAGUUUACGUGUGUACAUAGACGAGUGUUAUUGUGUGUGCUAUGUUUGUAGCUUAGAGAAGCGAGUGAUAGAGAGAUAAGCGCGCGGUGCUCCGCUAUUAAAAUUGGAAAAAUGAAUCCCGCCGUCCCGUGACUCGAUCGAGUGCGCGGUGUAUCGAACGUGUAUGUAACACACAUGCGCGACGAUCGCAUGUGCGGAAACGACACUCAAUCCUUGAAGUGCAGCGAAUUCUCCGAGUCGAAUGUCGAUAAAUCUCGGAAAUAAAAUCGCCAGCUUCAGGCGCUGUAAUACUCACUUGUAAAUCAAAACAAAGUCAGCUGAUCCGGCGUUCUGCAACAUAACCUCAGAUACGCGCCAGUAUUUCGCUGCUGUAGCAGAGCGCGAGAAGUAUACAGCUUAUAUCGCAGCCCUUCGCGGAGAGAACAACACUGCUGGAUAUUUAUAUUCGCGAAUAAUACUCGCGAGAGAGUUGGCUUGUUGUGCAUCAGAACUUGUUUACUUGCAAUGCUGUGAUUGUUAUUAAUGAGAGACUGACAAAGAAAUAUACCUACAGUGACUCCGAUUUGUUGUGUUGGUUUUCUAAACGUCACCUUGGACGGGUCUAUUCUCGUUCUUAAGUGAACUUUUUAUUGCAACUUAUACUAUCAAGAUGUCAAAAAGGAAAAGGGUUACUGCAGAUGAGAAGAGAACACGAAUGCUAGGUUAUUUCCACGAGAAAAAGGAAUUUUUCACUCUGAAGGAAUUAGAAACAACUGUACCAAAAGAAUGUGGAAUUAUACAGCAAGCAGUAAAAGAUGUUCUUCAAGCUUUGGUUGAUGAUGGAUUAGUGCACUCUGAUAAAAUAGGAACAUCAGUUUACUUUUGGUCUUUUCCUGGAGAAAGGAUACCAGCUCUAGAAGCUCAAAUAGGAGAAACAGGGAAAAAAAUUCUUACUUUAGAGACAAAACUUGAACGACUGAAAUGUGAUAUUAAAAAAGAAGAAGAAAACAAAGUUGAUUUUGAAAAAACAAAGGCUGUAUUAAAUGAAAUCGAGAUAUUGAAAAAUAAAGAAGAAAAGCUGAAGAAACAAAUAACAAAAUUCAGUGAUGCUGAUCCAGAAGUGAUUGCUGAACUUAAUAAAAAGGCAAAGUUUUACAAGGAUGGUGCCAACACAUGGACAGACAACAUAUUCAAUCUGAAAACUUGGUGCAAAAACAAAUUUAAUAUUGAGGAGUCAGAACUAAAUAAACAAUUUCGUAUUCCAGAAGAUCUUGACUACCUAGAGUGAAGGUUCAAAGACUUUUUGAAAAUUACUACAACACCAAUUCUCAGAGGCAAAUUUAUGAUAACUACAAUGAAGUGGGAGAUAAUUGAUUUGAGUUUUGACAAAACUUACCAUUCAACUAAAAUUCCUUUCUGAACAUUUACCAUCGCGGCGGCUACUAACGUUUUGCAUUCGCGACCGAAAUUUCUAGGUUAUGACCUGAACUACGAAACUGUACUAGACUUGCCUGCAUCACUUUCCAUCGCAUAUAUAUUGUUUACAGAAGUAUGUAGUAUAUAUAGGACUAUCCAACGAGAAAAAAGAGAAUCUCACUUUAUUAAUAAUAAAAUAAAGUAAAAAUUGUAAAAAAAUUGAAUCUUAGUUAAAUAUUCGUAAAUAUUAAUUAUAAAGUAUUUAAUUUUUUGAUAAAGAUUUAUAAGUUCCAUACUUUGUAUUUUUCUACAAAAUAAAGUUAAAAAUUAAAGAAAAU